AUGGGACCUUUUCUUCGCUCUUACUUGCCGCUCAUUCUUUCUCUACUGCUGGAUUGUAUUGGCGUAGCAAAUUCAUCAGCAUCCCCAGUAAGAGUUGUACCAGAAAAGCUUGUCAGACGAGCUGCCUGUAUCCCUUCGAGCGGGGCCUCUACAUCAUUCGAUGAUGUACCCAGCAUUCGGCAAGCCAUUACUUUGUGUGGAAAUGGGGGUACAAUCGUCCUUCCCACAGACAGGACGUAUACGCUAAAGUCUCAGCUUGACUUUGCUGGUUGUGUCAACUGUGACUUCCAGAUUGAAGGCAGCCUCAAGGCAUCGGAUGAUCUUGCUUACUGGAACGGCAAAAGAUAUAUGAUACAGCUGAACGGUGUCAAAGGCGCCAAGAUUCGCAGCCUGACAGGCACUGGCCAGAUUGACGGCAAUGGCCAAGCUGCUUGGGAUUGGUUCGCAACAGACACCACUCUCAAGAGACCUGCUUUGCUAGUUAUCUCCGCUUCCACUGAUGUGACGGUGUCUGGGUUGAGGUUCAAGAACGCCCAGAAUGUCUUCGUAAGCGUUGGGAGUAGUUCCUCCCGGUUGCUUUUUUCCGACCUCGACCUAAGGGCCAUAAGCAGGACAUCAAAUCGCCCUAAAAACACGGACGGCUUUGACAUAGGGGAAAGCAAUGAAGUCACCAUAUCUUCUGUUUACGUCGAAAACCAGGACGACUGCAUCGCUUUCAAGCCAGGAUGCAACCACUUGACCGUGACCGGCAUUACUUGCGUAGGAUCCCAUGGUCUGUCUGUAGGGUCACUGGGCAAAUCCCCAGGGAGUUAUGAUACCGUUCAGAAUGUGUAUGUCAAGGGCGCGGUCAUGAGAAACUCUACCAAGGCCGCCGGAAUCAAACUCUACCCUGGUGGCUCUGCUCAUGGAACCGCACUCGUUCGCAAUGUUACCUGGGAAGAUGUGACGGUGGACAACUGCGAAUACGCUUUCCAGCACUCCGCAUGCUAUAACGAAGACAUGUCUUACUGCUCGGCCAAUCCUUCCCAGGCACAAGUCUCAGACAUAUUUGUGAAGAAUUUCCACGGCACGACCAGUUCUAAGAGAGCCUCCACAGUUGCCGAAGUUUACUGUGCUGUCGAAGGUCCGGAUUGUGAGAUCAAAGUUGAGGACUGGAGCGUCAGAUCCCCUAAAUCUGCGUCAAAUUUCCUCUGCGACAAGAUCAGUAGCAGUGACUUGGGCGUCACAUGUGUACAGACGAGUCUAUAG